AUGUGGCAAAACCAUGUUGAAAUCAUCAAAGUUUUUGGGCUUGGGACAGCGCUCACAAUCAUAACGUGUGUGCUGGUGACGAUUAGGACAAACUUGAGCGCGGCGUUAACCGAUCCAAAUGCUCCACACGCUUUCGAGAUAAGCCCCAUUUUGUUACUGAAAGUCAACAAUUGGACUUGCGUUUUGGCUACCUUGAUUUUUUCGAUUGCCCUUUUCACCAACUUGUUUGCCAUCUAUCGUUCAGUCGUCAAUCGAAGGUUAGCGGUGACAGUUCGAGUUUUGGCCACCGCGGAAAAUGUUAAUCGAUUUGUGAUCACAUUCAGCGAGUUGUUCACCAACAUGUGCAGCGCUUUUGCUAUUUGCCGCUACAUGGUGAUUGCCUCUGAUGGGACGCUUCUUGAAAGCGCUUUGAGAUGGCCGUUUGGGCAGUGUUUAUUUUGCUAUGCACUCGGUUCGGUCAAACUUGUUGGUACUAUUUUGAGUAACCGACUAGCGUACGAAAGUCGCGUCUUGGCACAAACCGUUGGGACAAUCAAUAACGCGAUCCCGAUGACGAUCGUCUGUUUCAUGAUUGUCCUCGAUUUGUUCACAUUGUUGAGAGUUCGAAAAUGGGCAGCUAAUCACACCAGCCAUCCCGACAAGCGACUGUUAAAACAGAUGCUGAUCAGCUCAUGCGUUUAUUUCAUUCAAUACGUGGUGUUCCCUUCGCUCUAUUGGGCAAUUUGUACUUGCUUUGGGUUCUACUUGCAAAAUGCGAUUUUCUUGGUGAUCAACGUACUUCAAUUUGGCAUAUACACGCUGGGAAUGAGGUUAGAU